AUGGCCUCCUCAACACCCGCUGCCCCCGUCCGGCCCACGCCGACCACUGUCGCCCAGCACCUCGCCGGCGCCAUCCAGUCCUGGCACGGCACCGUCUCGGCCGAUGGCCCGCAUCCACCGGAAGCCGACCGCUACCGCCUGUACAUUGGCCUGUUUUGCCCCUUUGCUCACCGCGCCAACCUCGUCCGCUACAUCAAGGGCCUCCAGGAUAUUUUGCCCGUUACCGUCGUGAAGCCCUACCCCAAAGGCGACGAGUCCGGCUGGCCGGGCUGGGCGUUUCCGGCCACGGCCGAAGAGUACGAGGGUGCCACGCCCGACCCGCUGUUUGGCGCCCGCUACCUGCACGAGAUUUAUUUCAAGGCCGACGCGGCGUACCCGGGCCGCUACUCGGUGCCCGUGCUGUGGGACAAGACGGCCGGCACGAUUGUGAACAACGAGUCGCCGGAGCUGAUGCGGGACCUGCAGACGGCCUUUAACGACUUGCUGCCGGCCGACAAGGCAGCCAUCACGCUGUACCCGGAGGCUCUGCGGGCACGCAUCGAUGCCGAGUCGGUAUGGAUGCAGCGCGACCUCAACGCCGGCGUGUACCGGACCGGCUUUGCAACGACGCAGGAGGCGUACGAUGCGGCCGUGCCCGCUGUGUUUGCGGCGCUGAACCGGCUGGAAAAGAUGAUUGCGGCCGGCGGCGGGCCCUUUGUGCUGGGCGACCAGCUGACCGAGCUCGACGUGCGCGCGUAUGCGACGGUGGUCCGCUUCGACACGGUGUACGUCCAGCACUUCAAGUGCAACCUCGGCACCAUCCGCCACGACUACCCGCAGAUCAACAACUGGCUGGCCUACCUGUAUGGGCACGUCGCCGGCUUCCGCGAGACGACCGACUUCCGGCACAUCAAGGAGAACUACACCAAGUCGCACAAGGACAUCAACCCGCGUGGCAUCACGCCCAUGGGCCCGUGGCCGGACGUCGAGGAAGGAUAUGAGCCAGACCUGACCAAGGUGCGCGUCGGGGGUGUGAAGAUGCCGCUUGUGCUGCAACUAGAAGCCAAGAUUGAGCCGAAGCUAUGA